AUGGAAAGACUCGAGGCAUCUGCUGAGCCAAAUAAUGGCACGGUUGUUUCCCAGGAGCUGUCUUUUCACAACCUGGAUAUCGAGCGUCUGUUCGUCGAUACUGAUGAGAUUACUGUCUUGAAAACGUUGCAAAAUAUGCACUUGGCCAAUUAUAAACUUGAAGAUGAAAUAAAAGGCAUUAUGACCAAUGGGAUUGAGCCAAUAACUCUUUAUUCUGGUACAAUGUUAGGAAUGUGCAACCUCGUGAGGGAGACUCAGACGGGACUAAACGAGCUAGCUAGACAUUGUCGUAACUUUGAGAUCGCAAAGGCAGAAGAAUAUGAAAGUGACCCUGAUGUGAGUAACGAUACUGAGAUAAAGGAGGUCGUGGACCGAUAUUCGUUGCUGCAUUAUAAUGAUACUUCUGUUAGUUCGUUGUGCCAAGGCAAGGAAAGAAGCGAUUAUGUCACUGUUCUUCUUAAAAGCGUGGAUAUACUACAAAGAGUGUCUAUGGAGAACUUUAGACUGCUAAAAGGGGGCAAGCUACUCAAGUCAUACCAGUUGCUUAAAAUAAGGUCACCUGCUCUCAUGACCCUGGUAACGCAUCUGAUCGAACGAUCCGAAGUGCCUGCUAAGCUAAGAGCUGUAGACGCAAGUCCACCGAUUUCUGAGACCACAAAUGAUCAUCAAGACGUGUUAUCUGGCAGUAAGCAUGUGCUGGAAAGCAUCACUCCGGAACAUUUUCAGGAAGUUAUGAAAGACCUCCCCGUAGUGCUUAGGUACAACAUCGCUAAACUAUUGCGAACCUGUGACGUAGCUUUUGGUAGCAGCAAACUUGGACUCCUAGUUGAGGCAUCAAUCUGCUUGCUAAUGAGCAACGAGCACUAUUACCAGGAUGCAAAUAGGCUCUGGAUUAAACGUGUCAAGGCAGCAAACGCGGAAAACAGUCGACUAGUAGUGGGUUGCCUUUCCAGCAGUGAGGAAAUUCUUUUACAACUACUUACGUCGACUAUGUACGGCAUGUUCUGCCGCAAUGUGAACCAGAAUAGUAUGAUCAAUUUGAAAAGGAUAGUGGGAGUUGAUAUCCCAGAUGAUAUCUCUGAUGCGCCAUUUGCAGAAAUCGAGACCUGCUCCGAACAGAAGUACUGGACUAAGUCAUUUGAUUUGUUGCAUCGCAACUUUGAGCGUAUCGAACUGGACGACAUUAUCGAAUUCACCUCUAGGUUGAAAGCCACAGUCGUCGAGUCACGCAAAUCUAUGGCAAAUAAUGCACUACUUUCACAAGUCUUCGGUGCCCUGGGUAUAGAAUUCCCAAGGGCGCUCGUUAAGGCGUCCAGCGAGAUAUUAGAACAUCUUGAGAGGACAUAUAUUCAGAGUGCGCAGGUAGUUGCAAUGGCAGCGGCAUCUAUUAUAGAGCGCCGAAUGUGUGCUCGGGAGCUAUGUACAUUCCAAAUUAAAGAACUAGAAAAGUUUGUCUCACAGGCUGCUUGCGUGAUAUUAUCGCAAGUGAAUGAUCGCAUGACUCAAGUCUUAAUGCGCGUUCGAGAAGAGGUGCGAAGUUUGGAUAAACCCAUCUCUGAGGGCGGGAUUUUGGGUACCUACAGUGAGGAAGGCAGUGUGUCUCGUUGGUUGCACACUACCGGCGUUGGUAAUCUAGUGUUAAACGCCGAAUCGUUGUGGCCGCAGUUAGAAGACGAAUCAUCUGCAUUGUUAGACGAAGUUGCGAGUAAGUGUGUUUUACCUUCGGAAGGCAAGGAUCGAGUGGUGUUAACGCUGAUAGGGACAGCCGCACUGGGUUCUCAGUAUACUCUCUUGGGAUCUCGAAGAUUUUCGAAUAGGCUUAAAAUAGCUGUUUUGGAAUAUUGGAUAUCGUUGUCUCAUGAGCUUGACGAACGUGAGAAGUCACUACUAGUACUCUGUUUCAAGGACUCUGGGCUCGCCCAAGGCGCGAAGACGCUCGGCGACGUAUGCGAGACUCUUGCUACAGAGUUGGGAGAAGAGCGCAUAGAAGCGUAUAAGAGUGAGUACGAGGCGAAGCAAGUGGUGAGGAAAAGGGACGACUACUGUCAGAUGAAGCCGCUGCGAGACUGUUUAAUUCAGAACGGCGAUGAUAUUACGCAGUGUAUAAAGGAAGUGGAGCUUUUCGAGCGUACUUGCGACAGCAACAAGCCGUAUUUCCACUCGAAGGAUGGGCUAGACGACUCACGAUCCGGUUUAUACUCCGGAAAGCGUCAUUUGUAG